ACUCCUAGGCUAUACGUUAGCCCUCAGAGACCAUCAUAUACCCAUCCAUCACCCCCCAACAUGGCCGAUACAAAACCAACGACAGAGAUCAACGAGCAUGUGCCACCGCACACCUCAUCAACCGAUCUCGAAAUCUCGCAACUAGGCCAUCUCGCCAAUGCCGAAGAGCACGAAACAGGGAAACUUGCAUCGUUCAGAAAGUACCCCUGGGCAUGCGCGUGGAGUUUGUACGCCGUGUGGUUGGUCCUGCUCGUCAGCUUCGAGAAUCAGGCCGCAGGCAACGUGAUUGGUAUACCGGAGUUUCGGAAGGACUUUGGAUAUGAAGUCAAGAGCGCUGAUGGGGAGUCGACGUGGGUUCUGGAUGCGACGUGGCAGGCUGCGUUUCAGGGGGCGCCGGUUGCUUCAGCGGUCGUGGGUGCUUUGGGCUGUGGGCAGCUAGCCGACUGGCUUGGUCGCCGCAUGGUAGUCAUCAUCUGUCUGGUAAUCUCAUUCGGUGCCAUCACUAUGGAAUUUUUGGCUACUACCAACGAACUCUUCUUUGGUGGUAAAUUCUUGAAUGGAUUCGCAACUGGUGCCCUGGCCUCAGUUACCGUUACCUAUAUUGGAGAGGUUGCCCCAUUUGCCCUCCGUGGUAUGCUGACGGCUUUGACUGCCCUUGCGUACACUUUCGGUCCUCUCACAGUUGCUUUGAUCGUCAACUCCACGGGCGUCUACACAAACCGCUGGGCAUACCGCGCAAUCUUCUGCGCGCAAUACGGUUUCGCCGCCAUCGCCGCCAUCUUCGCACCUUUCAUGCCCGAGUCCCCAUGGUGGCUAGCGGGCAAGAACCGCCAUGCGGACGCACUGAAAGCCCUCAACGGACUAGGCCACCGCGGUCUUGAAGCCGACAAGAAACUCGCGAAUAUCACCACAACGCUCGAGCAAGCGCGUCGUGAAAGCGAAGGCGUAACGUACCUUGAAUGCUUCCGCAAAAGCAACCUCCGCCGCACCAUCAUCUCCAUCGCCCCUCUAAGCAUCCAAGCACUCUCCGGAAUCACCUUUGCCGCAUCGUACUCGACAUACUACAUGCAGCUUGCAGGCUUCACAACAGCCAUGUCGUUCAAGCUCCAGAUCGUGCAGCAAGUCAUCUCGCUCAUCGGAAACGUCAUGUCCUGGUACCUCGUCGACCGCGUCGGACGCCGCAACCUCACAUUCUACGGCCUCGUCGUCCUAACCGCCAUCCUCUUCGUCAUGGCCGGCGCCGCAGUCCCGGAGACACCCGUCGGAAGCAAAGUCGCCGUCUCCAUGAUCCUCAUCUACUGCUGGUGGUACAACGUCACCAUCGGCGCAACAGCUUACACCAUCCUCUGCGAAGUCUCGACCUCGCGGCUCCGCGUCAAGACCAUCGCCAUCGGUCUCGCGCUCCAGAACCUCCUCAACAUGAUGUGGAGUUUUGUCCUCCCGUAUCUGUUCAAUCCGGAUAAAUUGAACCUCGGAGGGAAAUUGGGGUUUAUUUUCGGUGGGUUCGCGUUUGUUUGCUUGAUUUAUUUGUGGUUUUAUCAGCCUGAGACGGCGGGGAGGACGUAUGAGGAGUUGGACGAAAUGUUUCACAAGGAGAUUCCGGCGCGCAACUUUAAAGGGUAUCGGACGGAGACUUUGGCGCUGGGCGAGGCUGUUAAGGAGAAGGCAAAUAUGUAG